UUAGUCUUGGCCUAUUUAUAGUCGAAAGGUUUUUAGAGAGCUGAGUACCAAGCGAAAGGAUUUAUAGGUAUCUUCAAUCUUUUACUCUCAAAUCUUGCCACAGUGAAGAAUAAAAAAUGACAGAAGAGAGAGGUAGCAUAGCCUUUUUCUCAACAUACAGACCACCGGUGCCGCUGGACAUAUUCACUUGUCCGGUGCCGGCAACAUCAAGCCGAGACGAGCUUCACAUGACUGACGGCAUCUCCUACAAUUACAACUGCCAAGUCAUUCCAACAGAAGCUCUCAUGACAAUUAUCAAGCGUCCCAAACUAAGAUCAGAAGCCAACGAGGAUGACGUUAAAACCGGCCGUCUCUCGGGGUUUGUUUUCGUCUCCGAACGAGACAACGGCCUCGAGACGCUUCAUAUCGGACUCCGCUUCGGUGACGACGUACCUGUAGUUAAAGUGUUCAGUUUAGCUGAUGUGUAUGACACGUUCAAUGGUAUUCGCAUGGAAGACGGUGGCUGCGUUGCCGGUGGGUAUGAGGACGGUGUUGAUCAUUUUCUCGUCUAUGUCAGUACCAUGGAACGUCCGGAGGAACGUCGUCAGCCUUGGACGGCCGUUUACAAAACCAAUCUCAGGACUGGAAUCACUCAACGCCUUACUCCAUCAGGAGUAAGUGAUCUAAGCCCUUCUGUGUCUCCAUCUGGGGAAAAGGUAGCAGUGGCUUCAUUUCAGGGAAAAGGUUGGAAUGGGGAGAUUGAAGAUCUGAAGACUGAUAUUUAUGUGAUGAACGUAGAAAAUAAUCCUUUGGAUCGCAACAGAGUGAUCGAAAAUGGUGGGUGGCCAACAUGGGGAAGCGACAACAUCAUAUUUUUCCACCGGAAAAUAGUAAAAGGUGGAGACCCAAGAAAUGAUUUCUGGGCUGUGUUCCGAGCCAACAUUAGCACCGGUCAAAUCGCCCAAGUGACACCGGAUGGAUUUGAUUCGGUAACUCCGGCGGCCAUUAACGACACCAAAGUGGCUGUGGUAACUAAACGCCAAGCAUCAGACUACACCAAGGUUCGUCAAGAAGCACAUUAUCGACAUAUUGAGAUUUUUGAUUCAAAUGUUCGAGACCAAUCUGUAAAAAUAACUCAGAAUACUAGACCAGAGGCUGACCAUUUCAACCCCUUCGUGGUGGAUGGAGGAAACCGCAUUGGCUUUCACCGUAGCAAAAGCGAACUUCUCCAGAGUGGAGAGCAGAUCAAUAGGAAUUUCCAUAAGCUCAACUCUCCGCAUAAAGAUGUUGGACUAUUUAGGGUGUCUGGUGUAUUCCCCACAUUUUCUAAAGACGGCUCCAAGCUUGCGUUCGUUGACAAUGAGUUUAAAGCUGUCUGGGUCGCCGACAAACAAGGCUUGCGCAUUGUCUACAAAACAAAAACUUCAAACAACAUCUUUGCACCUGUUUGGAACUCAAAUCCAGACAAAGAUAUGUUGUAUGUGUGCAUGGGACCUUCGUUCAUGGCUAAAGAAGAACUACAAAUUUGCGCCAUCCCGGAAGUAUCUAAAGGUGCACGACAACGUCGACUACUCACAAUAGGCUCCUUCAAUAAUGCCUUCCCAUCCACCAAUGAAGCUGGGACAAAAUUGGUUUUCCGAUCAACAAGGGAUGGAGGAGAUGAAAAACACAAGAAUCUAUACAUAAUGGAUGCAGAAAAAGGGGAAAGCGGCGAGAUUACAAGGCUAACAAACGGUCCAUGGACCGACACACAUUGCCAAUGGGCUCCAAAGGGAGAUUGGAUAGUGUUCUCAUCGACCCGUGAUAAACCUAAAAAUGCACCACUGCUUGACAAUGGUCUCGAUCCAGGGUAUUUUGCUGUGUACAUUGUGAAUGCGGGAGAUUCGACAGUGGUCAGAGUUAUAAGGAGCGGGGAUGACUUUGCGGGGCAUGUGAACCAUCCAUUUUUCAGUCCCGACAUGAAGAGCAUUGUUGUAUCUGCGGAUUUUGCUGCUGUGUCUGUUGAUCCAGUUUCCUUACCUAUUAUUGACCACUCUGUGAGGCCUUACGGAGACAUCUUCAAUGUCGAUAUUGACUCAGAUAAUCUGAAUAAGAAUAAGGAUUUGAAAAAGUUUGUUCGCGUCACGCAUAGUAGAUACGAGAAUUCUACUCCGACUUGGACCGGGUUUUCAACGGAGGAUCCUAAUGCACAGUGGAACAUGUUCUUCAAGGGUUUCUACUCGCCAGCAUGCCCUUACAUGAAUUCCGGUGGAGGUGAAAGUUGGCACAUGACGGGUCAUCUCUGUAUCCCUAAAAGGCGUUGUUGAUUGCUUUUGUGUUUCUAUUAAAUGGCUUGGUUUUUUAUUCCGCUAGUUUGUGUGAUUUUGUUUUUCAAUAAAUUUGUAUUAUUUACGUUGGUCCAAAAAGAGCUCAUAUGGGCUAAUUCGGCUUUUUGACCCAAAAGCCACUUAUUUAUCGUUUUA